UGCGUGUGUGCCUGUGCAGCCCUCGACCUCCUCUGGUCCGGAUGGAGAGAUCAGAGAAUAAGAAGAGGGUAUAUACUCCGCAGACUCCACAACAUUAAGACGUUUAGACUAACGUCACACCCUCUGUGAAAGGAAGGCGAUUCUAGGUAAAGUGAAUGGUCUCUGGAAGUCAAGGCCUGGACUGUCAGCCCAUGGCAGUCAGCUUCACCACGGCCUCCACUGCUGUUACCACCAGGGUCAACAACAACAACAACAACACAUAGCUCAGUAUAGAUCUGUCCACCUGUUAUACUCAGCUGGAGAUGAAUGGAGAUAGAGAAUGUAUAAAUAACCAAAGUCACAAGGACAAGGGUGAGUCGUGCCCCACCUCCAGAAUGCCUCCCGGCUGGACGAGAGUAGCAAGGCAGCGGAGAUCUGGCAAGACAGCAGGCAAAAUAGACAUCUACAUUACAAGUCCUCAGGGGCAGACGUUCCGGUCCAGAGCAUCUCUGAAAGCUUUCCUUCUAAAAGAUGGAGAUGGCGACUUGGACAUAGACCUAUUUGAUUUUACCACACCUAGGAGUGGCAACAUCACAGAUCCACUACCACUCCCUCCCAGUGGGAAACAGGCGAGAAGAAAGAAAGAACAAGUCGAUAGGCAGAAGGAGGUAAUUGAAGAUGGAGCAGAGAUCUUACACCCACCCCCAAAUAAAACUAAAAGAGCCUCUCCCUCUGCAGUCAGCAAGUGCAAAACUAGAGCUACACAUCAAAGUGGUGUCUCAACCAAACAGCCUUGUGAUGCAUCUCCUUUGAUCAGAAGUGAUGCCAAGGAGGAAAGUGUAAAGUGCACAGAAAAUAGUAACUAUUUCAUUACUGACAUCAAAAAGGAAGAGAUCACUCAGGUGUUAGAUGGGUGCGGUGACACAGUUGAUCAGACUGUGAAGUGCUCCCUGUUACAGACUCAGCCUUCACCCACUGUGGAUGAUGCUAGGCUGCAGAACUGUUCUCAGAGCGGGGGUCUGCUCAGGGAAAAGCUGCUAAGACUGGCCUCGUCCGCUGGGCCAGACAAACCCUUUACUGCUCAGCAGGAUGUGCAGCCAGGCUCACAGCCCCCACUCCCAACUCUCACCGUCGAACCUGCCGCUGACAGCAAGGAUGAUGAUGAGGACAAACAAGCUCAUGAUGAGAAAAUGUCAGAGGGAGAAGGUGAGAAAAAGCCUAAUUCUGAAUCGGGGGCAGGUGCUGAGAGUCAGCGGGACGUGGAAGAGGAGCUGUUAUCACCUGACAUCACUUGUGGGCGCUGUUCACCCACGAGAGAUUCCCAGAAUAAGUCCAAAUUUUUGGAAGAUAAAAGGAAGACGAGCCCUUAUUUCAGUGGGAAAUCCCAGAGAGAUGAUCUUAGCCCACCCAGGAGAAAGGUAUUUAAGAAGUGGACACCCCCCCGAUCACCCUUCAACCUGGUGCAGGAAACUCUUUUCCACGACCCCUGGAAGCUCCUGGUGGCUACCAUCUUCCUGAACAAGACUAGUGGUAAAAUGGCCAUCCCUGUGCUGUGGCAGUUUUUUGAGACUUACCCGUCUGCAGAGCUGACCCGGCAGGCCGACUGGAAGCCCAUGUCUGAACUACUGAAGCCUCUAGGCCUGUUUGAGAUCAGAGCCAAAAUAAUCAUCCGCUUCUCAGAUGAAUACCUGACUAAGCAGUGGCGCUACCCCAUAGAGCUGCAUGGUAUUGGGAAGUAUGGCAAUGACUCCUAUAGGAUCUUCUGCCUGGGAGAGUGGAGACAGGUGACUCCUCAAGAUCACAAGUUAAACAAAUACCAUGCAUGGCUGUGGGAGAACCAUGACAGACUGGGAAUCUGAGUCAUCGCACAGUAUGAGGAACUGCGAGAAGUAUUAGUUGUUGUGCUGACAAGAUAAUCAGCUCUGUCACACAGCUGUCACAGUUACCUAAUAGUUGCAUAUCAAUGAACUACAUUAACCUGCAUCUCCUUAAAAUUAUGCAAUGCUCUUCAGAAGUACAGUGUUUGCCUUGCUUUGUAAAAUGUUUUUUUCUAUGGUUAAUAAAAUGUUUUUUAUGUUUAAUUGGUUAAA